AACACCUCCCCGCCACGUCACUGCCGGGAACUGGAGCCCAGCUGCGCCGGCUAGUGCUGCUGCCGCCUGCCGCGCCACAGGCCCGGGGGCUGGAGCGCGCCGGGGGACCCGAUCCGCGCACGGCAACGGCGGUCUCGCCGCCCCGCCCCGCUGGUUCAAUGGAUUUAACAAGUCAACCAUGUUCCUUAAAAGAUGACUCUAUUAAUCUGAAAGUUACUGACCAUUCUGGCACACAGAUAGAUGAGGUUGUCAAUCUUAAAGAAGAACUAGAAAAAUGGAAGGAAAGGCUUGAAAAAGCUGAAAAACAAAAAGAUGAGCGCCUUCUUUUGAAACUAAGUGCUGAUAAAGAGAGAGACCAGGCACAAGAUGAGCUGAAAAAGCUAAUGGAUUUAGAAGAGGAGCAAAAUAAGGAGAACAUGAUAAAAAAGGAAAACCAGGAGAGAAAUCUUGCUGUAGUAAAGCAACAAAAUAUUGAGCUGCAGAAGGAGAUUCAGAAGCUCAAAGAUGACCUUGCAGCAAAGAGUUCAAAGCUUUCACAGGAUUUUCGGAUUAAAAGAGAGAUACCGAAAAAGAAAAUGAAGUUUACUAGGAUGGAAAAUGCUGAGAGUGAUGACACAUUUUUGAAUACUUGCUGCCUUUUUCACAUAGCUGCAAAAAUUCCAUUCAGAUUGCAGCAAAGACAAGCUCUUCUCACUUUUGAAGAGGAGGAUGUUGCCCAGAAACUGAUAAGAAGAGGUAAGCAUACUGUGAGCCUGGAUAAUGAAAAGAUAGAGUUGAAAGCAGUGCCGGUUACACUAGAAACAGGAGUCAAAUUUGAGCUCCAUGUAACACUUUCUGGAGAGAAGAUCAAUGUUUCUGAAGUACCAGAUAUACCAAUACCUGAUGAGUGGAUCAGAGACAAAAUAGAACUGAAUUUCUACAAAUCCAAACGAGGAGGAGGAGGAGGAGAAGUAAAGGAUGUGAGAUAUGACAGAAGGUCUCGCACAGCCAUGAUUACAUUCCUCAAACCUGGAGUUGCUGACAACUGUGUGAGAUGUACAAAGCAUCCUUUCUACAUAAAUGAAAAGCGCUUUAUGCUUUCUGUUUCCCCACGCAUAGAAAAGCAUUUGGAAAAAUUUCAGAUAUUUUCUGGGAUUUCCAAGAGGACCAUACUGCUCUCAGGAAUCCAAGAGGUUGAGGAGGAUGAGGAGAGCAUGCAGGACAUGAUUGAAAUUCAUUUUCAGAAGCCUAGCAAUGGCGGCGGGGAGAUUGAGAACAUCAAAUAUGUAGCAACAGGAACCAAACUAGCCUAUUUUGAGGAAGACACUGAGAAUGUGUCAUGAAGCAUUACAGCUGGGACUUUCACUUUGCCCAGUG